AUGUUCGCGCUGGAUCCGUUCGACCCCCACGGCGGCGGCGGCGGCGGCGGCGGCUCAGGCAGGAGCGGGGUGCCGGGCGAGCGGGGCGGCGGCUUUGGGCCGGGCGCGGGCUCCCAGUUCAAGCCGUCGCCCUUUCACGGCGGGAGUAGCGGCGGCGGCGGCGAAGCGGCGGCCGUCAACGCCCUGGGCGAACCCUCUCCGGCCCUGCUGGGCAUGAACCUCACUUUGUCCGGGGAUGGCUACGGCGGCUUCCACGCCCCCCGCGGCGGCCCUCCGGAGUUGGGACAGGCCCAGCCCAUCCACGGAUUCUUCGGCAGCCCACCGCCUGGCCCGGCCGCGCACCACCAGACUCAACCGCCGGUCUCGCACUUCGGCGGCGGCGGCGGCGGCUUCGGGCCCGAACCCAGCGCCUCCUGCCUGCACGGCGACCGCCUCCUUGGCUAUUCGGGAGCCCAGCAGACGUUCGCGGCGGGCGGCGGCUACGAGCAGCACCUGGCGGACGGCCAGGCGGGAGGGGAUGGCUUCGGACAGCAGAGGGCGGGACCCCUCCAGGACUUCCAGCCGCCGCCGCCGCCGCCGCAUCAUCUUCACAAUCCCGGCGUGCCAGCCCCGUGCCUGCCGCUCGACCAGUCGCCUAAUCGCGCUGCCUCCUUCCACGGCCUGCCGGGAGCCGCCUCCUCAGAACCGCACGGCCUGGACUCGCAGAGGCGCCUGCCCAGCCAAGGGGCGGCCGCGGUGGAGGCCCUGGAAUACAGUUACCCCAACAGCGAGAGCCAUUUCGACUUGCCCGUUUUCUCGUCGUCGGAGGCCGAGGGGCAGCUGCCGCAGUACGCGUCCGGACGACCGGCGGCUCAGCCGGGAGGCGGCAAUUUCCCCGGACACUCCGCGGCCUUGCCCCGGGCGCCGGGCUCCCUGGGGAAGGUGCCCGCCCAACAGUCCCCUCACGGCGUCUUCUUCGAUCGCUUCGGCGGCGCUCGCAAAAUGGCCCUGGGGCUGGAGCCGGGCCUGGGCGCCGGGAGGCACCACCUGGUUCAGCAGCCACCGCCGCCCCCGGCGCUCCUGGCCAGGCAGAAUUCCUGCCCGCCGGCGCUGCCGCGGCCCCAGCCGUGUCCAGAGGGAAGCGCCGCCAACGGCAACCUGCAGGACGGGGGCGGCGGCGGGCCGAUUUUGCAGGCGCAGCACGGCCAGUUCGAGUAUCCCAUCCACCGGCUGGAGAACCGGGGCCUGCAGCAUCACCCGCACCUCCCGCAGCAGCAGCAGCAGCAGCAGCAUCCCCCCUACGGCUCGGGAGAGCCGCUUUUCAACGUGCCCCACCAGCCCCAGCAGCCGCCCAACCAGCGACUGCAGCACUUCGACGCGGCCCCCUACGUGAACCUCCCCAAGAGGCCCCGUUUCGAUUCGUGGAGCGGCGGCGGGGGAGGCAUGCACGGGGCGGCCGCCUUGGAGAGUCAUCUGUCGCCCUCCGCCGCCUAUCCUGGCCUGCCGGGGGACUUCACGCCGCCGGUGCCCGAGCAUUUUCCACCGCCGCCGGGUUCGGAUCCCCAGACGGCUCUGCAGCAGCGCCAGAACGCGGCGCUGAUGAUCAAGCAGAUGGCGGCCACCCGCGGCCAGUCUCAGCGCCUCCGUCCGCCCGGCCUGCAGCAGGUCGGCCACCACCAGCACCCUCACGCCGGCGGCGGCCACGCCCAUCACCAGUCCCCGCACCAGCACCCGGGCGAAGCCGCCUUCGAGGCGCAGGAAGGCGCUUGGUUCCCGCCGCCCCAUCCUCCGGCGGGGAGCGGAGAUUUGCUGUUCCGACCGGGAAUGGGCGGGUUGCAGGAGCCGCCGCCGCCCCCGCCCGCCCUGCGGAUGUCCUCCGGGGGCGAAGGACACGUCCCCUCGCCAGGCGGCCUGCAAAGUCAGUUCGGCUUGAGCCCCCCGUCGGAGCGGCGGCCGAGCCACCCCGACUUCGCAGCGCAGGCGCAGAGCUUUCCUUUUGGGGCGCCCAGCCGCCAGGCCACGCCGCACAGCGCCUCGCCCGGGUCCUUUGGGCCGCCGACGGACUUCCAGAGCUCUGCGCCGCCCCCGUCGCAGCCCCGGCCCUCCCCGGCCAGCAGCAAGCUGAGCGCGCUCUCGCUCGGCUCUUUCCCCAAAGGGGGCGUCGGGGCGCCGCCCGGGGGCCCGGGCCCCAAGGAGAGCAGCGGCCUCUUCGGACAGAGUUGCCUGGCGGCGCUCUCCACCGCCUGCCAGAACAUGAUCGCCAGCCUGGGCGCGCCCAACCUCAACGUCACCUUCGGCAAGAAGGGCGCGCCCGCGGCGGUGGGCGGUGGGUCCGGCGGGGAGGGCGUCAAGCGGAGCAAGCUGAGCCCCGCAGAGUCUCCCGAGACAAACGGCGCAGGGCCCCAGCCGUCCCUCCCGGCCGCCACGGUUCCUGCGGGCGAAAGCGGCCUCUCUCCCAAUUACUCUCCUGGAUCGGGCCCCGAGGCCAAAGCGGGAAACGGACGAGGCCGGGGACGCAGGAAACGAGACAGCGGCCACGUCAGCCCAGCCGCCGGGACGACUGGCGCCGCGGGCGGCUUCUUUGAGAAAUAUGGCCCGACGGCGAGCGUAGAGAGCGGCAGCCCCGGACAAGGCGGGGAACGAAGCGGCGGCGGCACCCCUCAUCUUCACGAACCCCCCAAGGCGUUGAGUUCCCCGCCUUCUUCCUGGGCCAAGGGCGGCGGCGGCGACCUCCUCCUCCAGCCUCCUCCAGACAAGCCCGAUCUCCUUCCCUCCCUGGACCAGGCGGAAUCCUGCUCUCCGCGCGGUGGCGGCGGCGACUUCCCCGGCGAGGCGGAAAACGAGGACGAGGUGUCUUCCAGCUCCGACAACCAGGCGGCCAAAGGGUGUCCCGCCGGGCGCAGCCCGCUUCAGCCGCCCGGCCGCCCGGCCGACCACCCGCUCCUGAAUGGACAGAAGGCGUCGGCCCUGGCUCAGCUGGGCCUCCACGGCGGCACCGCUACCUCCAGCCCCGAGAGCUACGGCGCCGGCCCCACCGGCCCGGUGCAGGAGGAGAUUCACCCGCUGGAGAUCCUGCAGGCGCAGAUCCAGCUGCAGCGGCAGCAGUUCAGCAUCUCCGAGGACCAGCCGCUGGGCCUCCAAAGCGCCAAGAAGGGCCCCGAAGGCUCGGGCGGGGGCCAGAACGGCGACAGCGGCGAGCUGAGCAGCUGUUGCGAGGGUGCCGGGGCCAAGGGCGCGGUGAGCACCAUCGACCUGGACUCCUUGAUGGCCGAGCACUCCGCCGCGUGGUACCUGCCCGGAGACAAAGCCCUCCUGGACGGGGAGCCCGACGAGAAGGUCCUGGUGCCUUGGGAGAAAGCGAAGGCACCCACGCCCGGCAAGGAAGCCCACGACCUCCCCCCAAGCAAGGCCUUGGCUCCAGCACAGACGGGCAGCCACCUGCAGUGUCUCUCUGUCCACUGCACGGACGACAUGGGUGAUGCCAAGGGCCGGACUGCGGUGCCAACAUGGAGAUCCCUGCACUCGGACAUCUCCAACAGAUUUGGGACUUUUGUGGCUGCCCUGACUUGA